AUGCAGCCGGAGGCGGCGUGCGGGCACUCCAGCGGCGACCCGCUGCACGCGGGCGCCGCGGCGCCUCCGCGGGAGCCGCCCCCGGGCCUCGUGGCGGGCCUGGUCACCGAGUGCCUCCCCGAGGUCGGCCGCGAGACCCUCGCUCGUGGCCGCGACGAGCUCGACCAGAUCCAGCGGCAGACGGGCGCCCAGCUGACCGCGAGGGAGAACCUCCGCGGGGGCUACACCGUCGUCGUCGCGGGCACUCGCUCCGUCGUCGAGAGCGCCAUCCCCCAGGUCCGCCGCGCGCUCGCGGGCGCGGGCCCCCGCGGCGCGCCGCAGCCCGGCGGCGCGGACGGGUGCCGCGAACCCCCGCCGCGGCCGCCGCGCGCGGAGCCCGCCGCGUCUGCCGGGGCGCAACCGCCGGAGGCGGCCGCCCGCGCUGCUUCGACUGCGAGGAGCCCCGCGCCCGGGCCGGAGCCUGGGGGCGAGGCCGCGGAACCCGCGGCGGCGGGGAGGAGGAGGAAGAAGAAGACGAAGGCGAAGGCAAAGCGGAGGACCCAGCACGAACAGCCGCUGGAGGAGCCCUCCUUCGCCGGGCCGGACAGCCCAGACGGUGCUAAGGUUGCCGGGUUUGUUUUCCCAGUGCCUGGUGCCAUGAAGGGCGUCAAGAGUUGGAAGAAGGUCAUCUUCAAGAUGUCCAACGUUAGUUUCGCCUAUCCAGCUUGCAAGAGCCCGUCCAUCCUGGAUGUGAACAUCGAAAUGUCCCAGACAAGUCGGAUAUUGGUCACGGGUGCGAGAGGAUCGGGCAAGUCGACCUUAGUCAAAGUCAUGAUCGGAAAAUUGAAGUUGACUGAAGGCGCAAUCCAGAAGGCAGUCGGAGUCAGCGUGGCUUACGUUUCCCAGCACAUGUUCCAUCCGUUCGAGGUGCAUGCGCACAUGACUCCGCUACAAUACAUGAUGUGGCGUUUCGCCGAUGGCAGUGACAGGGAGAACCCUGAGUUCCAGCAGUACCGAGAACUCAGGCUACCCACGCAGGAGGGAGUCGAACAGCACUGCAGUGACUUUGGUCUUGACCGCGAGUCGGUCAGCCGCCUCCACAUGAAGCAGCUCGACAAGAGCACGAGGUUCAAGCUCGUGCUGUCUGCUGCGAUGUGGUUGAACCCGAACCUCCUCAUCCUGGACGAGCCCGCCAGCUGCCUGGACCGCUGCUGCCUCGAGGCCCUCGUGGCCGCGCUCGAGGGCUACCGGGGCGGCGUGCUGGUCACCGCCCAGAGCAGGGACGGGCACUGCUUCGAGGGGGCCGCCGCGGAGAGGUACGUCCUGAGGGGGGGCCGCCUGCGCCCCGACGUUCGGGGCGGCGCCGCCGCCGCCGUGGGGGCGGCCGCCCUGGAGGGCAGUGAUGGUGUACCGAUCGGCACUGUGACUCUGGAGCUGACUGGGCACGCGGGCAGUCAGACGCAGUAA